UCAUCUCAUUUCGCCACCUCAAUUGCCCCGAACCUUCUUCUCCUCUCAGCCCACCUCUCUUUACAUAUUUUAUACUUUCCCCAUUUGACCACCAACACACAACACCACCAUAUCUAUUCUCUCUCUCUCUCCCAAAAUCCCUAAAUUCUCAAAACCCUUGUUUGUUUUUCUCUCUAGAUAUAUCUCUUCGAAGCUUUUGAUUUUCUGAGUUUUUUUCGUUGGAGUGUAGUCUGUUAUGUAGUUUCUCUUCUGGGUCUGAUCCAAAUUGUCAGACGAGUGAGAGAGAGACACACAUAUAGGAAUAAGUGAUUUUUGGUUUUUCUGGGUUUCUGUUUUUUGUUUUUGGUUUGGUGAAUUUGAUUGAAAAGUUUCGGUCGAUGGUGUCUUCGGACAAUCUUGGUUUGUCUGACGGUCAGGAUUGGCCGCCGGGGUUUAGGUUUCAUCCCACUGACGAAGAGUUGAUUCUGUACUAUCUGAAGAGGAAGAUCUGCGGUAAGAGGUUGAGGCUCAAUGUUAUCGCCGAGACCGAUGUUUACAAGUGGGACCCCGAGGAGUUACCAGGUAUGUCAUUACUGAAAACUGGAGAUAGGCAAUGGUUCUUUUUCAGCCCAAGAGACAGGAAGUACCCUAAUGGUGCAAGGUCAAACAGAGGGACCAGACAUGGGUAUUGGAAAGCAACAGGAAAAGAUCGCAAUAUAACAAGUAGUUCUCGAUCAGUCGGGGUGAAGAAGACCCUAGUCUUUUACAAAGGACGCGCACCUCAUGGUGAGCGCACUGACUGGGUGAUGCAUGAAUAUACCUUGGAUGAGGAGGAGCUCAAAAGAUGCCAGAAUAUACAGGAGUACUUUGCACUUUACAAAGUGUUUAAGAAAAGUGGUCCUGGACCUAAAAAUGGUGAGCAAUAUGGGGCACCAUUCAGGGAAGAAGAUUGGAAUGCUGAUUGUCCAGAUUUUAACUGUUCUACCAAUAUGGAAACUCCGGUGGAGAGAACUGAUGGGGUUCUGUCAAAUGUUGAGAGUCGUGAGUCAAUAGUUGAAGGGCCUUUGCCUGACCUUGACGAGUUCUUGCAACAAAUAAGUGAAGGGCCUUUGCCUGACCUUCCAGAGGUUGAAGACUAUGCUUACACCCCACCAUCUCAGGUUGUGAGCAACAAUGAUAUGCAGAGUAAUUUGGUGGACCCACUCUGCAGGGAAAUUUCAUUUCAAGAACCUGUCAAUUUGCUCCAGGCGAGUGGUGAACAACAUAAUGUGCAUGGCAACUUUGAGUACUCACAUUCUGAUAUCUCCCAGUCGCAAUGUCACGUGUCACCUGAGGUUGCAUUUUCUCCCAAUACUCAUGAACAGGAGGUUUAUGUGCUACCUGAAGAGGACUUUAUUGAAAUGGAUGACCUUUUUCUUCCUGAACCUACUACAACAGAUGCAGAGAAACCAAAUGAGAAUUUUCAGCUUGAGGACUUAGAUGGAUUAUCUGAGUUGGAUUUUCAUGAUGCCACCAUGUUUUUGAAUGACAUAGGGGCUAAUGAUCAGUCAACGAUUUCACAUCAACAUGUUAAUUCCUUGGAGCAAAAUGUGUUAGACCCAUAUGAAUUCCAAAGGAAUUUUGAACAAGUUGGCGACGGUGAGGUUGUUAAUCAGCUAUGUUUUGAUGUUCCAUACCAAAAUACUAUGGUGUAUUUAGAAGGUGCAGCCGUAGUUAAUAAUCAUAUGUAUUUAGAAGGUACAGCCCCAAUUAAUAACCCUCAAUAUCAAGAUAUUUCAAACCAGAUGAACCAUCGCUAUGAGCUUCAGUCAGAUGAUCAAGAGAGAAGUGCCUUUACUUCUGCAGAUUUUGAUCCUGGCUUUCACCCUGAUCCAUCUUCAGGUGUAGUUUGUGAUACUUCCACUAUUUCAUUGCAAGCGACUCAAAACCAAAGUGGCAAUGAUAAUAGUGGUAACGAAAGUUGGUUCACUUCUGCUAUAUGGUCAUUUGUGGAGUCCAUACCUACUACUCCUGCCUCUGCAGCUGAAAAUGCAUUGGUGAAUCGGGCUUUCGAACGAAUGUCCAGUUUUAGCAGACUGAGAAUAAAUGCUGCUGUGAAUGCGACAAACGUUCCUGCAGGUAGUGAUUCCGAAACCAAAAAGAGUUCAUCCAGAAAUAGGGGAUUCAUCUUCUUUCCUAUUCUUGUGGUAGUAAUUGCCAUUUUAUGGGUUGUGCUUGGAACUGUGAAACUAUGGGGAAGUAGUAGUAGUAGUAGUAGUAUUGCUUCAUGAAAAUUUGUAUAUGGGGAAAGUUUUGGCUGAUAUUGAUCUUGAUAUCUAUGGGAAUGUCAGAAUAAGGGGGUUACAAUAUUAUAUAUGAAUUUUGGCUGUAAGGGGCCAACAUGUUCGUAUUGUUAAUAGAUUAUAUGUUUUUUGAUAUAGGGUGUUUGAGUUAGUCUUAUAUGAAAAUGUGAACAACUGAUAAUUUUAUUUUUUCAAGUAUAUUCCUCCCUAACCUAUUA